UGCGUCGGACGGGCGGACGGACGGAGUCGGGUGGAGAUCACUCUCCGAUCGGCGGAUCGGCGCCACCCAUCCGGACACCAGUGCCGGGUCUGUCGCUCGGCCCGCGGGUCGUGUUUCAGGAUCCCAUUGUCUCGGCUGCGUUACCAUGUUGUCAGGCGAUGCUCCGAGUGUGGAUUUCGUGUGACGCGCCGGCCGAGUCGUUCGUUGACCUGAUGCAGCGGCGAGACCGGGGCGCCGUCAGAGCAGCAGCAGUCGUCCGCCGCGCGUCGGCCGACGCCGCCUCUCCCCGCAGCCAUGCUGGACAUCUUCCGCGGCCUGAAGAGCUUCAUCAAAGUGAGCCAUGUGCAGACGGACUCGGCCAUAUUCCGCAUCCACUACUCGGUGACGGUGCUGAUACUGCUGGCGUUCUCUCUGAUCGUCACCACCCGGCAGUAUGUCGGCAACCCGAUCGACUGUAUCCACUCCAAGGACAUUCCCGAGGAUGUGGUCAACACGUUCUGCUGGAUCCACACCACCUACCACGUGCCGUCCGCCUUCAAACUGAAGAUGGCCACGCGGCCCGGCGAGACCGGCUCCGUCAUCUACCCCGGCAUCGGACAGCCCAAACAUGAUGCCGACAUCAAGUACAUCAAAUACUACCAGUGGGUCUGCUUCUGCCUCUUCUUCCAGGCCAUGCUGUUCUACAUACCGCGGUGGCUGUGGAAGCACUGGGAGGGCGGCAAGAUCCACGCCCUUCUCAUGGACAUGGACAUCGGCCUAGUGGCUGACGUCGAGAAGAAGCAGAAGAAGAAGAUGCUGCUCGACUACCUGCAGGUCAACCUGCGGCACCAUAACUACUGGUUCUACAAGUACUUUUUCUGCGAGCUGCUCGCACUGGCAAAUACAGUUGGCCAGAUAUUCUUGAUGAAUCGGUUCUUCGAUGGCGCCUUCAUGACGCUGGGUCUGGACGUGAUCGCUUACUCAGAUAAGGACCCGGACGAGCGCAUAGACCCUCUCAUCUGGGUCUUCCCGCGCAUGACCAAGUGCACGUUCCGCAAGUACGGUCCGUCGAGUAGCAUUGACGUGAUGGACGUGCUCUGCAUCCUGCCGCUCAACAUCGUCAAUGAGAAGGUGUACGUGUUCCUCUGGUUCUGGUUCCUGGGACUGGCCGGACUGACGCUCAUCAACAACGUGUUCCGCGUGCUGCUGAUGCUCAGUCCGCGGAUGCGCGCCUACUUUCUGCACGUGCGGCUGCGGUUCGUCAGCCGCGACGCCAUCAACGUCAUCAUCCGGCAGUCGCGGAUUGGAGACUGGUUCCUGCUCUAUAUGAUCGGUCAGAACAUGGACGCCAGCAUCUUCAGCGAGGUGAUGAGCGACCUGGCCCGCCGGCUCGGUCACAAGGGCAAGGACUACUCGGAGGCGUGAGGCUGGACGUGCCGCCCGGCUCGAUUCGAAUGAACAGAUGAGCGAGAUGGCGGACAGCGGGGACAAAGACGGCGAGCUGAGGUGAUCGGGCCUGCGGUGCCCCACCGACCACAGACCGCGGAGCCCGUGUCAGCCCCGGGGCGCCGUGUCACGUGCCAUCUCUCGGUGCGGGAGGGAGCCGACCGCGGCACCUGCACGGCACACACGCGCGGGGAGCCGCCACCGCCGGCAGCUGUGUGCCGACCCCAUCCCAUUUAUAUGUGUGCAUGGCAGACGCGCGUGACUAAGGGAGAGAGAGGUAGAUAGAUGGAUAGAGGGAGAGAGAGUCGGCCAGGACUCUGGAGGCGGACUCUGUCAUGCGAGCUGUGGACUUAGCUGGCUGGGACUCGCUGCAAUAGCUGGGACUGUGUGGACUGGGCUGGUGCGGCGCUGACCAGUGCCAGGAGCGGGAGUUUGCGCUGCGUCUCUCAUCUGUGUCAUUGACAGAGACUGUCUCUAGUGGCUCGCUGGCCAUUCUGUGAACAGUGAGUUGUUACGUUCCAGUGUCGGCAGGCGCCCUGCCGGCUCACUGCCGAACUCCGAGCGGGACGGGGCUGGUCGUCCGAUAUAUCAGUACACGUAGCUAGUUUUCCUACCCACGACCGGCCUGCCAACUGGUCCAUCUGAGGGGACCAAUUGUGUGCCUUCAUGGGUGGCGUCGCUAGUACUGGUCUCUGUAUAGCGCAGCUGGUUUAAACGGUGCAAUGCUGGAAACAUGGAAAUGGAAAUGAUAGUCAAUCGAUUCGCAACUGAUAAAAAAGGGAGGAAGUUUUCGUGGUAAAACGCCGUUUAUGUCGGUUUGAUACGCUGUCAAAUCUAAUCACUGCUGGUCCUGACUGAUAUUAUGCAUACUCUAAUCAUCGUGCCUCCCGAUUACAUAUCUUGUGUAAUCUCGAUCACGACUGCUACCGGCGAGGUGUCUGACAGACUGCCAUCGUCGAUACUGCUUCUUGGAUAUACUGCGCUACAUCACCGACGCUGCCAAUUGGAUAUGAUCUGUAGUCUGAGCAUCCUCGCUGCCAGCUGGGCGUAAUGCUCUUUUUUUUUCUAAGCAACCGUCCAACCCAGCUAUAUCUUGUCACAUAACUCUGACUUUAGGCUUGGGUACUUUGAUCAUCAUAUGUGCUG